GCCCCUUCUUGUACAUCAUCUCGCUCCAUCAUCGAACGACGUCGGAGAAGUCAAUCUUUCCUCUUCUUCGAUCGAUCCUUCGUUCGAAUUGGGAUUGGAUUGGAGUGAUUUUCUCAGUCGGUCCGUAAAAAGAGAGAGAGAAUGGACGUCGAGAGGUUUACGAGGUGCGAGAGUGGAGCAGGGGAGGAGGGCGUGGAAGACGAGGGCAUGGGGCCGAUCGAUCUGCUGCGCGAGGCGCUGAAGCUGGUGCAGGACCCGUACCACAUCGCGACGUUCGCGUGCAUUCAUAUGGUGAUUGUGGUGCCGGCGACGGUCAUGGUGCUGGUGACGCAGUGGUUCGUGUACGAGGUCGUCCACAAGCUGGUGCUUGAGCCGCCACAGCCCCCGGCUCCGUGGCCCGACAUGUGGCUCGUGGCGCUAAUCUACGUCGCGCUCUGGGUCGGGGGGCUAGUGCUCGCCGUCAACCUCGACGCUGCCGUCUACUUCACCGUCGGGUGCAUGUACUCGGGCAGGAGCGUGACGUUCCGCCAGGUGAUCCAAGCCCUGCCGGGCUUAUGGAGGCCCCUGUUCCUGACGGCCAUCUGGGGGAACGCCUUCUUCGUCGCGCUGGGGCUCUCGCUCUUCGUCGCGGUCAACGUGCUAACCACCUUUGCGUCCAUGCUCAUACUGCCGGUCCCGGUGUUCUUCGUCCUGACGGUCGCGCUGGGCGCCUUCGUCUUCUUCAUCAUCAACACGACGCUGCAGCUGGCCUGCGGCGUCACGGUCUUCGAGGGCGUCACGGCGCUCGACGCCUUCGCCCGCGCCCUGGCGCUUGCCAAGAACCAGUGGUCCACCGCGCUGGGCUUGCUCCUGAUCGAGGACGUCCCCGGCCUCGUGCUUAGCGCCGCCUUCACCGUCUGCGUGCUCUCGAGCCUCGACGGCGCCUCAAAGCUGCUGCUGGGCUCGCUGCUCGUCGUCCCGGCCUCCUUCUUCCGCACUCUGAGCUCCACCUCCUACGCCCUCUUCUACUUCUCCACCAAGGCCUGCCACCACGAGCCCAUCCACUUCCCCGCCCCCUCUCCCGCCUCCCAAUUCGAAGCCGGCUAUCAGAGCCUCGCUGCUCUCCACGCCUGAUCUCCUCCUCCCCAAUACCCCCUGCCCUCCUCCACCCGCCAUCAUCCACAUUUUCACCCUCCGCCUCCUCUUUUCUCGUCACCGCAGCACAACAAAUCAGAGCAGAUCGAACGAGAGCAGAGCAGGAGCAUGAUUAGAGCAGAGCAGGAGCGGUAGCGGGGCAGGCAAGCAGCAGGUCGAUUGUACAGAGAUUGAUAUUACGAGCAGAAGAAGAUCACGCGAGGGAGGGAGAAGCCCGCAGAUGUAUCGACCUUUCGUGCCACCGUUCGAGAUGCUGUCCUCCCGAGUAGUACUUUUUUUCUUUUCGUUUCUUUUCUCUUGUUGUGGUUGUCGGUCGUAUCUAAUUUGGCCCCUUGCAAUGAGAAGUAAAUGAUUUUGUCGA